AUGAGUUACUUCAACCGACACCUAGUCCUCCUAAUAUUCAACAUCCUCAACAUCGUAGCGUUCAUCGCCAUCAUAAGCGUCGCCGUAGUCAACAUCGUCGACCACACAUCAGCGACCAACCUAAUAAUCUACCACGGAUACACGGGGCUCCUCAGUCUCUCACUAAUUAUCUCCGAAUUCCGCGUCCCAAGCCUCCUAAACUCACAGGCGCGCUUUCUCUUUACAUACACCGGGCGCGGGUUAAUUCUGACGUACUUUGGCUGCAUCGUGUACACUAACAGAAUAUACAACGUCGUUGCCUGCAUAUACACAGUAUCCUUGGGGGUCAUUUACCUGGUCAUCGCCUGGCUGCCCUUCGUGCCAUUGCAGCAUGGCAUUGUGUAUAAUUGGUCUAAAUGGUGCCAGGAGGGUGCAUGGCAGUUCUACGAUAAGCAACAGGCGGUAGGCAAUGACAAUUCCGGAGAUCCCAUUAGGGGUGGUGAGCGGAAGUUGAAGCAGCCGGGCUCGCUUUUGGCGCACGAGCUCAAUCCGAAAUACGCAGCUGCUGCCGGACCAUGCGACUCAUCGCAGUCACUGUGGACCGAGUCACUUGUGGAAUCGACACCCGGGCAGCCUCGUGGCUCUCCGUUGGCGGCCGAUCGGAACGAGUCGUUUGUUUAUGGAUUGACUAUGGACGCGAAAAAGUUGCAGACUACGGGAGAUGAGUAUUUGGACAGCAUUGUUAAUAGCUCGAGGUUUGCGAGGGAUAUUAUGGAUCACAGUGAAAGUAUUGUUGUGCGCGAUUGUUCUACACCUUCUAGGCCGUACAGCAGGGGGUUGAGCGCGGAGGGCGAAAUGCCACUUUCUGGAAUGAUGGUGUACGGAGAACGACCUCAUUCGGGACUAAUGGUGCACGACAGACCACACUCAAGGCUGGUGAUGCAUGGCAGACCACGCUCAGGGCAGAUGGCACAAGGAGACAUGCCGCUGUGCAUUUCGUCACCGAUUCCAUACCAUGUGUAUGCACCCGAAAGCCGUGAGUCGCUCCAUGAAAAUAUGAGGCGUAUCUCGAUGGCCCUGGAUUCAGACCCCACCUCCCCAUGA